AUGAGCGAUUCUGAUACUGGUACCCACGUGCCGUUAUAUAUUAAGCGCGAAUUAUGUAAUCAAGCCUACUACACACUGACAGAUUAUCUUGAAGAUAAGAAUGCUUGGCAGCAUAACGUGAUCGAUCUCUCACAUUCACACCCCAAUAACCCGCCCCCGCCGGCAAUUAAUUCUUUAAACAAACACUUCACCGCGGGUGUUCUUGCGACCGACAAUUACGCGGGGUAUUGCAGACCACACGAGCAUAUUCCGCGGAUACAAUAUAGUUGUCUCCAAGCUACCAAGAUGCAGCCGUUCCAAUCCACUGCGCGGCCCGAGGGUCCCCGGGAGUCCUCUCCAGAACGAGCCAAGUCCCCUGACACGCCCACAGCACCCGUCCUUAACUUCUCCAUAGCAAGACUCAUGGAACCUGAUAGAAAGAAGUCAGUAUCCCCUGAAGCUCCACCACCACCACCAGGAUUCCUAUCGUACGGAGCUCAACUUCUAGAUUCAGCGUUUAAACAAUAUAUCCCAGCGGCUAGGAGACAACUUGUAUCACACUAUCCUUUACUGUACUACGGUCCCGACUUGGUCUCUCUCACAUACGCCCACCAGCUGCAGCUGCCCCGGCCACCUCCACCGACAUCACCAGUCCAGCGUCCACCCAGCCCUCGUCCUCCAGCAGCAGACCACGCCGUGUCAUCCACCACUGGCCCCACGCCUUCCCCUGCGAAAAACAAAAGCUUUGCUUGCGGAGACUGCGGCAAAGUAUUCAACGCGCACUACAACCUCACUAGACACAUGCCAGUACACACUGGUGCCAGGCCAUUUGUUUGCAAAAUAUGUGGCAAGGGAUUCCGACAGGCGUCCACGCUGUGCAGACACAAAAUCAUACACACCUCGGAGAAGCCACACAAGUGUCUGACUUGUGGCAAAGCAUUCAAUAGGUCGUCGACCCUGAACACUCACGCUAGGAUCCACGCAGGGUACAAGCCCUUUGUCUGCGAAUUCUGUGGCAAGGGGUUCCAUCAAAAAGGCAACUACAAGAACCACAGACUGACCCACAGCGGGGAGAAGGCGUACAAGUGCAGCAUCUGUAACAAGGCGUUCCACCAGAUCUACAACCUCACGUUCCACAUGCACACACACAACGAACGGAAGCCGUUCACCUGCAGCAUCUGUGCUAAAGGGUUCUGCAGGAACUUCGACUUGAAGAAGCAUACUCGUAAGUUGCACCUGGGCGCCGGCAGCUCUAAUAACGGAGACUCCUCCCUGGACACGCAGGACGAGUCCACGCAGGAGGCUACCACCAGCCCCGUGGAAGACGCGAGCCGAGUGGCCUUCAGACCGUUUCUGGGUGCCUCGUACCCUCGCAUCCUGGACCCAUCCCGAAUGACUGCGCCGAACACUUUCUUCUCCAAGCUAUUGUGACCCGGGGCUGCAUACUUCAAUAGUUACGGAGACAACAAGGAGUGAAUUGAUGAAGGAUUUGAUUAGGCACGCUACACGUGAUCUUUGUGAAUAUGUAGAGUUAUACUAUCCAAGUUAAAUUA